AUGUCUGCGUUCGGGCUGGGAGGAGGGCCAGGAGGCUUCGGGGGUAUGGGCAUGGGCAUGGGGAUGGGGGCGCCUCGCGGUUUCGAAGAGCAGUAUCACUGCUACCCUGUCUCUUUUCAGGACAAGGAGCACCUGGAGGCCGGAGACAAGAUUCUCCUCCCUUCCUCGGCCCUUGACGCGCUCGCGAGACAGCAGGUCGAGUACCCCAUGCUCUUCGAGCUGUCGAACCCUUCCCAGGGAAACCGGACCCACUGCGGUGUUCUCGAGUUCUCCGCCCCCGAGGGGAGCUGCUACAUCCCUCACUGGAUGAUGCAGAACCUCUUGCUGGAGGCGGGCUCCCUGCUCACGGUGAAGAACGUUUCUCUGCCCAAGGGCACCUUCGUGAAGUUUCAGCCGCAAUCGGUGGACUUCUUGGAGAUCAGCAACCCUCGCGCGGUCCUGGAGACCACGAUGCGGCACUUCUCCUGCCUAACGGAGGGCGACGUCAUCUGCCUGCCGUACAACGAUCGGAACUACGAGUUGGCGGUGAAGGAGUUGAAACCGUCGAAUGCGGUUGGCAUCGUGGAGACGGACCUCAAUGUCGACUUCGAUGCCCCCGUGGGGUACGACGAGUCGCUGGCGGCUUCCAACGCGGCGGCGGCGGCGGCGGCGGCAGCAGGGACGGGAGGGGCGGUGGCUGGAAGCAGCAGCGGAGCCACAGGGGCGAUCAACAUUCCGGCCCCGGCAUCAGGGAAAGCACCCAAGCCGGUCGACGAAGCGCCGAAGUUCGUUCCGUUCGGCGGGGGCGGGGCUAGGCUUGACGGGAAGAAGACGCCGGCCAAGGGAGCCGAGGAGGAGAAAGAUGACAAGGCUGCUGGCGACGGUGCUCGUCGACCAUCGGCAGCUGCAGCGGCUGCGGAAGCCAGAGCAGCGGCGGCAGCAGCCAGCGGCGGAGGUGGGGCUGGGGCUGCACCAGCCAGACCACCUGUGGGUCUCAGGGCACCCGCAGGGAAAUGGUCCAAGUCGAAGAAGCUGCAGGCUGGCGCCUUCCAGGGAUCUGGGAACAAACUCGCCUAGAUGUUCGUUGUUCCACGUACCCCGCAAGAAGCCGGGGGGGGGGUCUAGCUGUGUGUCCCAUUUUUUGUCAGGGUCGAUGAGAAACUGAGGGGGGUUCUGCGUCUCUUGGUUGUGUCGGGGGCACCGUAGAAAUGGAACGGGAGGGGGGGCGUCCUUGCCGCUGGCGAGGAAAGAACACCCUCGGUUGGUGUAUUUGUUGUUACCGGUUACCGCGACGGUACGUGCAAAGAGGAGGCACGGGUGGCAAUCGGCGCAUCCGUCUCUCUCUCUGUGGUGUGUAACCUCGGCGUGAACUGUCCCACUUCAUUCCGCUCUGCGGCGUGAGCUCGUUGCCCUGUCGCCUAGCCGAGUCGGCUGCCGAGGUGUGAAUCCCGAGCCUUUUUUCUGAGGUGCUCCCCAGACAGCACGCUGCCGGUGUAUAGUACCUCGAUGGCAAUUGUUUAUGAUUUGUUGUUUCGAUGUUGAUGUGCAAAACCGAAAAAAAGAAAUGCGCCGCCGUACGACCCAGCGGCACGAAGUUUUGAUUGCUUUCCGACUCUUGACGCUCUCGAUAUACACCCAUGGAUGUCCUCUGCCAGCGCAUCGUUAGCCACGUUUUUGCAUUGUUUUUGUUUCCUCCUGGUUUCGGCGGUCGGGUGGGCGUGUUUCGUGUAUCAGUGGUGGUGGCUGACCGCAUAAUUUCAUGAUCAUCUGUUCUUGCAUAACAUUUUUUGAGGUGCCUGCCCUGCGCCCUUCGUGUGUUGAUCAGUUGCCAGGGAAAUGGGCCAAGUUGCUUGUGGGCCUUUGUGUCGUACACGCCACGACUUGGGAAAUAUUUUUUUUGCGCCAGGCUUGCGUCUUACUUUCUUGGUGGGUAGCCCAACAGCGACUAUAUUGGUUUUGGUAUGGAGAACGUGCUGUACCCCUUCACCACCAGACCCAACCCCGUGCUGCAUAUUCUCGAACAUGAAGGAAUGAAGCCGCGAGGGUUGCCCUACGAACAGGAGGCCACGUAUGUACAGCAGUAGUUGUCGUUCUGUACCUUAUUUAACCCGAAGUCGUCCAAUUUCUCUCUUUUUUUAGCCUGAACUUCUUAUGUCCCGGGUACCCCCAUGCUUAGUGCUCCUACAGUAAAUAAAUACGUCCUGCCC